UCACUCCACAGAAGUCUUAAAAUAAUCCUAGGGUUUGUUCUGUCUCGCUGUGAACCGGAGCUCAUCUCUCUCUCUCCCUCUCUCUUGCUCUCUCGCUCUGCACGGCGACAAUGGUGAAGGGUCCUGGUCUCUACUCCGAUAUCGGGAAGAAGGCCAGAGAUCUUCUUUACAAGGAUUAUAAUAGCGAUCUGAAGUUCACUCUCACUACCUACUCAUCGACGGGCGUUGCAAUUGCAUCAACAGGGACAAAGAAAGGGGAAUUAUACUUGGCGGAUAUCAACACUCAGCUGAAGAAUAAGAAUGUCACAACUGAUAUCAAGGUGGAUACAAGCUCGAAGCUUCAUACAACUAUAACUGUUGAUGAACCGGCACCAGGUCUGAAGGCUAUUUUUAGCUUUGUCGUUCCAGAUCAGAAAUCUGGCAAGGUUGAACUCCAAUACAUGCAUGAGUAUGCAGGGAUCAACACGAGCAUUGGCUUGACUGCAAGUCCUCUUGUUAACUUUGCAGGAGUCAUUGGAACGAAUAAUGUUGCCCUUGGAGCUGACCUUGCAUUUGAUAGUGCAACUGGGAACUUCACAAAGUAUAAUGCUGCGUUGAGCUACUCUAGUUCCGAUCUCAUUGCAUCCUUGACUUUGACUGACAAGGGAGAUACCUUGAACGCUUCCUAUUGCCACACUGUGAACCCUCUAACAAGCACUGCAGUGGGAGCGGAGCUUUCUCACGUCAUCUCCAACAAUGUGAACACCCUGACAAUCGGUGCUCAGCAUGCGGUAGACCCACUAACACUGGUGAAGACCCGGUUGAACAACUAUGGCAAAGCUAGCGUACUCGUCCAGCAUGAGUGGAGGCCCAAGUCAUUUUUCACAGUUUCCGGCGAGGUGGAUGCGAGAGACCUUGAAAAGGGCACCAAGGUUGGUCUUUCCCUAGCUCUCAAACCAUGAGCAGGAGGGUCACUGCUUGGGUCUCUUGCAGGGUAAAGCCAGAAAUAAGGCAGAACUGGAACUCUGGUGUUUUAGCUCUGACGGCAUUUUCUGGCAGUCCUAUGUGAUUUGCUGUUCCAUUUCGAGGUUGUAAAAAAUAAUUCUGGCCAUGUCAAGACCGGGGGACCCCAAGGUCUUUUGUUGUUCUUGAAGUCUUACUUUUUGAUGUUCUGAGAUCUUCAUUCUGUGCAUUGAGAUUCAGAAGGCUCCGUCUGCUGUAUGUUUCAUUUCUGUAAGAUACUCGUAAUCAAUUUGUGCGAGCGUGCUAUUCGUUGCCUCUC